CAUGCCAAGGCCUUCGGUUAUUUCUACAAACGAACCAACCCAACCUUGGCGGAGGUUAUUAUUGGUGAGAAAGUGAUGUUCAGGGGACUUUUUGUUGGUGCGGGCGGCAGCAGCCUAAUUUGCCGUGCAUUAGUGUUGUGAGAAUGGGACGGGUAUAGUUUUUGAGAGAUAUCUUUUGCUCGGCGAGGUUGAAUCGGAGGAUAAUACUCAUGAAGAAAAUCUAUAUAAAGCAGCGGAAUUUCUGCGAUCAGGAGACAUUUUCCUAAGCUCAAUCAGCCAUUCAAACAAUAAGCACACAAAGAGUUCAAUAUCAACAACUUCACCGCCGAAAUGAAGUUCUCUACCAUCGCAACCCUUCUCUCCACCAGCGCAGGUGUCCUCGCCGGUCCCAGCGCCACCGCCAAGAAGGCCACAGCCAUUGAGUCCAUCAAGGGCGACAACGGCAUCACCACUCCACUCCCCAUCCAACCUGGCAUGGUCGACGACUGCGACGCCUUCUACUACGUCAAGCCAGGCGACAACUGCCUCAUCAUCUCCGCCCAAUUCGGCAUCUCCUUUGACCAAUUCAAAGAAUGGAACCCCACCGUCGGCAAGGAUUGUCUCAGCCUCUGGGCUGAUGCCAAUGUUUGUGUGCGCACGAUUGGCUUCAAGUACCCUGAGAUUGCUGCUUGCUACGUCAGCGAGGACAUUCUCCCUUGGGGAAAUAACAAGCCUGACGCUAGAAGGGCUGCUGCUGAGUGGUGUCAAAAGGGUGCUAAUGGUAUCUAUAACAUUGGUGAGAAGAGGAGCAAGUGUGUUGAUGCGCCUUCUGGUGAUGGCAAGUUUAUCUUUGAGAUCUACAAUGAGUGGGGUAUUCGUCAGGCUAUUCUUCCUACUGAGUGCAGAAAGAACUUGGUCCUGCCUAUCGAUGGAUGCCCUGAGGGAGGUCAAGGACGAGUCAAGAGCUGGCACAUGGAGACUACCCUCGAGAAGGGCAAGUGCUAG